AUGGCGACAGACUCGAAGCGCCAGAAUGCAGGAGCAAAAGUACCGGUAGCCUUGCCGAAAGGUGAACCCACGCAACCGGCAGCGUCACCUGUCCCUCUGGACAUGGCUCUACAACAAGUCAUCGGAAGCAGGAUCCGCGUGACAACUAGUGCGCCGAAUCAGGCCUCGGUCGAGGGCAUUGUCUACACGGCCGAUCCUCUGACGAGCCUCCUUGUUCUGAAUACCACUUCGGCACCUUCAAACAGUACGACCUCGACCUCAUUGGCGGCACCUACAGGAUCGUAUCGGUUUCUCCCAAUCUCCCAAAUCACCGGCUUCCAGCUGCUUUCCCUUCCUCAGCAGCCUAGCGAGCUGCUCAACCCUGCUUUCAAUACGAUCGACACCAAUGCCGUACAGGCUCGUUUGACAAGGAAUAUUUCUGCGCAACAGGCUGCUCAAGCCCGAUUGGGGCCAAAGGGAACUACACCCACAGACCAGGCGCUCUUUGAUGCACUCUCCCGAACACAUCCUGCUCGCUGGGUUGGCAAUGUCAUGCUCAUUUCCGACACAUAUUUGAUUGAAAAACCAUAUACUGCGGCCACUGUGAAGCUGUCUGAAGGCUUGCACGGGGAUAUCGACCGCAUGAGAAAGGUGGUGGACAUGGAGAGGUCCAAGGUCACCCUGAAGCUGUCCAAGAAUUUGAUCGACGGCAAGAUGGCCGCUGACAACAUCGGAAAGGUAUUUACUGGAGGUGCCAAGAAAGGUGGUUGA